AUGCCUGAUGCCACAACCCAAUCCGUGCCACCGUACAAGCAGCCCAUGACGUCGUCGCAGCCUCGGCGCCUGCGGAUAGCGCUCCUGCUGCUGCUCUCGCUCUCGCUCAGCGUCAUGGCCCUCGACUCGGUGGAAGCCGCGUCGCCGCCCGAGCGCGAGAUUACCACGAGCAUGCUCUUCCAGCACGCGAGCAACAUGAGUGCACCCGGCGACCGGCGUGGCGUGCCAGCAGCCGUCGACGACGUCAACGCGACUGCCAUCAACGCGUCGAGCACGAUCCAAGUCCCGACGUCGACGCCGACGGGAACGUUUCCCGUCAAUGACACGACCCACGGCGUACCAGGCAACCCGACCAACAUCAAGGCGCUGGCCUCGGACGCGCAGGCGCAAGUGACAUGGGACGCACCGGAAGACGACGGCUCGGACCCGAUCCUCGAGUACGAGAUCCUGCUUUUGCUCGUGAGCUCCAACACACCCCUCGAGAGCACGGUGCAUGUCGGCGCGACGCAGAACGGCGCCGUCCCCACGACCGCGAUCGUGCCCAACCUCCAAAAUGGCAUCUCGUAUGCGUUCAAGGUCCGCGCGCGCAAUACCAACGGCGUCUCGACGUGGUCGGCCAAGUCGGAGCCCGUCUCGCCGCUGCACCCGCCCGAUCUCUGCACGAGCCAGACGUGCGCGGGCCACGGCGCGUGCUUUCCCAUCUACGCGCCGCAGAUCAACGACAGCACGUCGUCGGCCGAGUGUUUCUGCAAGCCCGGCUUUGUCGGCCACGACUGCUCGCGGCGCGACGAUGCGAUCCAGUACUUUUGGGACGUCGGGCCGUGGUCCAAAUGCUCGACGGGUUGCGGCGGCGGCAUUCGCCAGCGCUCGGCGACGUGCACGUCGAUCGCUUCGAUGGCGGCCGUCUCGGACAUCAAGUGCGACGGCCUCCUCCAGCCAACGCUCACAUACAUUUGCAAUGGCUUCGAGUGCGGCUCCAAGCUCAUUGAGGUCAUCUACGAGAUUGAAAUGUUUUACGACGAUAUUCUCUUCUCGAGCAAGGCCGAGCACGCGUUCGCGACAGCCUUUGUGACGGAAGUCGCCUCGGCCCUCCAAGUAGCGCCGUCCCGGCUCGACAUUGAAGCGAUCGUCCACGGCAGCAUCCGCGUGACCUUUCUCUUGCUGCCACCCAACCAAGCCAGCGGCAAGUCGCUCAACGACGUGGUCGCCGACCUCCAUGCGCAGAUCCAGGACCGGACGAGCGUGCUGCGGACCCAAGGGACGUUUGCGCGACGCGUGUACCCGUCCGGAGUCAAGCUCUCGUUCAUGAUUGCCGAGCAGCAUGCGGCGGGGGACGCCGGCGACAUCUCGAUCAUGGGCCUCGUUGGCACGGUCUUGGUCUCCGUGCUCUUCAUCUCGGCCUUUGGAUACUGUCUCCGAAGGCGCCACGAACGCAUGUUGGCCGCCAAGAAGGACCGCAAGAUGAAGCGCAUGGGCAUUGCGACCUCGAGUGUCUAG